AUGCGAGAGCCUCGGAAGCGAGCCAGGUUGGGCGAGGCUGUUCUGUGGGAGUACCGGGGCCCUACAUUCUUUAGUCCAUCCGACAUUGACCUGCGCAAGAAUCUCAUUGUCAAGCGAGGAACCAAUAACUAUCACACUGGGGUCGCGUUAGCUGGAACUGUCGCUGGACUAGGCGCUGCUGAAUUUGCGCUGUUCACCCGACUCCUUGUCUUCUUCGGAAUGUCUCUGUUCAAGCAACGGAUGGCAUCCAAGCGGAGUACUACUGCGGCACCAAAUACUCUCCCAGCAGCUGAAACCGAAGCUGUCGAAACGGAGGAAGAGGCAACAGAGAACAGGGCGGAGCAAAUCAUAUAUCUGUUUGAUCGUGGAGGAUGA